AUGCCAUCUUUGGCAAUCGGAUCAUUGGACAUGGCACACACAUCUGCAGCUGCUGCCAUGGUAGAGGUCAAUCCUAAUCCCACAAUGAAGCCAGACCACGUCGCCCGACAUUUCCAUACUACCCCCCCUCGCCCAUCUCAUAUUCAAUCUCACACAUCCUCCCGGCCUCGAUCAUUUGGACUGGUAUCCAGCUUCAUGGAGACAAAGGGAAAGGUCAAGGGGAAGGGAAAGGAAGCUGAACCAUCUACGCCCCAUCAGCCGAUUGCCUCACAAAACACUUGCUGGAAAUGCUCUCGAAGUCCAACUGCCCCUCCCAAUCGGCCAGUCACAAGAUGCCAGAACAUUCAGAAGUCAAGAGUGAUCUUGAGUGACACAGAAUACCAGGACACCACAGAUGAUGAAGACCAAGAUGAGGAUGAAGAAGACACGCUCAUGGAGGACAAUGAACUGAUGAGGACUGCCGUUAGGAAGGUGAAAGGGAAGCAGAAGGCUAAGUGA